CAUUGCCUAACGCCAUCGAAAAAAGUGUCAUGAAAGAUUAAGGCGCCAAUUAGGCCCGCAUACCAUAAUGCGUCAUAGAGUGCUGUCGACAGAAGCAUCCGAAAUUACUACCGAAAAAAAAAUCAAUUAACUUCAGUAAUUAUGCAGCAACGGGCUAUAUCAUUCUCGGUAUUCUAACAGCGAGCUCUAAAUCGCAAAAGGAAGCUGUCGAUAUGGCACACGAUCGUGUUGCUUCCAUGGAAAGAUUCUCAGUUUUAAUUCUUUUAUUGUGUCUUCGCUGGUGUUUUGUCGGUGCACAGUGCCCGUGGCAGGAAUCGGGGCUGAAACCUUGGAGUGAUCCUGCAACCUGGGGAAAUGGACGGACUCCUGGCUCCGGCGAGGUCGUCGAAAUAACAGAGGGGAUCCUUCUGAACAUGUCCCCGCCCAAACUGGCCGAAGUGCAUAUCGAAGAUGGUGGGAAACUGGUCUGGGACAUUGGCGGGAGAUUUGAGCUGCAGUCUGGUCGUAUACACAUCAGUGGCGGCGGGGCAAUUAUAGUGGGAGGCAGUGAGCCCCAGUGUCGCUACCCUGAAAACAGCAGAGCUAUCAUUACGCUUACUGGGCAAAAAGACGAGUUUGCCGACGAAGCGGGCUUUGGACAGAAGUUUAUUGGCAUCCAGGCCAACGGGACUCUUGAGCUGCAUGGCGCGGAGAAGAUUAGCUGGACCAAGCUGAGCGGAACUGUCCACAAAUUGAACAGUUCAACAGGGCUGGUGUUUGACCAUGACGAAGUAAACUGGCACAUUCGUAUUCCUGGCCUGUAUGUCUACGUGAUGGACCCAGCCACGGGCACUCCCGUAGAUUUCCGGCACUUCCGUUACAACAGGAGGAGACAUAUGGAGAAAAAACUGCCCAACUUUCUAAGAUCUUUAAACGUGAACGACGGUCAAGUUAUCAUGUUAGCGUCCAGAGCCACGUUAUUCGACACCAGUCUAGACAUUGACUACACCCUGGCUAUUAACGCCCUGGAGGAGAUAGGGGCCGUCCACGUGGGGGAGUAUCAGGAAGGAAACGCCUGGGCUAUGAUAGCCGUCACAGGGCAACCAAAUCUUUCUCAAGAGGAACUGACCAAUGAAAAAGGGUUUAUCUACACCGAGACUUGGCCCGUCACACUAGAGUACCAGGGGUUCAUUUACACGGUACAGUGUGGGAUCACGCUGCCCCAUUCUCCCAAGGAUGCCGUUAACUACGUCAGAUUCCGCGUGCUGGAUAGAAUCGUUCAGCCUAUUAUUGACGUCAUUGAUGACGUCUCCUCGUGGAAGCCGGGAGACAGAAUAAUUGUAACCUCUACUGAUUACCCCUGGAUUCAAACAGAGGAACCGAUAUUGGUGAGCUGCCCCACAUGCGCCUCUAACCAGAUAAAGUUGAACAGGGAAUUGUUCUACACUCACUGGGGGGUCAUCGAGAACAACGUGGACAUGAGGGCGGAGGUGGCCGUUCUUACCAGAAACGUGGUGGUCCGGGGGGAUAUGUCAGACGCUUGCUACGGCGACAACCAGUGUGAGGCUUUCUCUCUGGACACAUUUGGUGGGCACAUAAUGGUAGUACAUGGCUUCAAAGCGUUUCAUGUUCAAGGGGUCGAAUUUGUUCAUCUGGGACAACAGAGCGUUGAAGGUUCUUACCCGAUUCACUUUCACAUGGCCAUGGACUUGAGAGGAAACAAUGCUGACGCCAUAGUGGCACAGAAUUCAAUCCACCACACCUUUUCCAGGUGCUUGACGACCCAUCAAACCAGCGGUGUCAAGGUAACUGACAACGUCGCGUACCUCCACUUUGGCCAUUGUUUCUUCCUGGAGGAUGGCGGAGAGAAAUACAAUGAAUUUGGUGGAAACCUUGUCCUUGGGACUCUGAGAGGUUCUCUCCUUCCGUCUGAUAUGAGACCGGCGUCUUUCUGGUUUACCAAUCCACUGGUGUAUUGCAGAAACAACGUUGCCGCAGGAUCAGAAGGGCGUGGCUUUAUGUACGUGUUUCCCUUGGAACCCAGAGGGAUGUCUCAGGGCAAGGGUUUGAUGGCUCUCGGGGAGGCCGCCAGGACUCCUUUACUACAGUUUGAAAACAAUGUGGCCCAUUCCAACGCAUUAGCAGGUCUUUGGAUGGAUAAUAUUCUGGGACAGGCGGGAGAGGUCAUUGCUACAGGGAACGCUUACAUGCCAGAGAUAGUUCUAGAAAAUAACACCGUGAUUCCGUAUGAGGUGGUGCUUUCUCGUUUUACCGGCUACAAAAACAAAAUCCAGAAUGCCUGGGUCCGUGGUUCUCCUAUGAGAAUGUCACAGUGCUCCUUCUCUGAUAGUCUACGCGGCAUGACAUUUGCCUUAGCUGGAGCCUAUCCACAGUAUGUGAGAGACAGUGUUUUCGUCGGCCAGUCAGCCAACACCGGAGAACCGGCUGUGAUUCUAGACAGAAAUACCAGAAGAUAUAUUCGCCUGCCAAGGUCUACGCCAGAUCAACGGAUAAACACGCCCGUGACAGGGGCUCUGUUUUACGAUCACGCGGUAUACUUCGAGAACAACUGGUUCGCAGGAUUUAAGAAUGAUCAGUAUCGCCUGGCUGGUGCCAUUGGCUUUAAGAGAAGAGAUACAGGGUUCACAUCUCCCACCAACGGAGUCCGGUCAGCCAAGUUUGCGUUCAGAGGCGGAUCGGACGGGAAUCGAAUGCUUGACGGCGACGAGGCCGAUGGGUUUGGCGGCGAUGCGGGCGACAGACAUAAGGCGACGAGGGACUUUGACGGCAGUGUCACCGGCAGGACGGACGUGUUUGUCGUCAAACCAAGGCAGUUUGUGAACACCCAAAACUGCUAUAACAAGACGGAUUGGAACUUGGCAGUAUGCCCGGACCGUAUGGCCAAGAUUCGGCUCGUCAAAAGCUCACAGGCGGACGUUAAACUCAAAGAAAAUAUGUACAUGGUGCGGGACGACUUUCACAAGCACCUGGAGUACUUUGACGGCGCCAAGAAAAUCGGGCCCCUGGUCAUCAACGGCUACAGUUACACCAUGCACUUUGUGGGACCAUCUCCGGAUUAUUUGGAGUUCAGGUUGCAUGGGUUCGAAAGGCAUUUUCGUGUGAGAAUUGGGAUCUGUUUCCCUAAAAACUCUUCCUCGUUUACCAUCCAGAAGAAGUACUUUGGGAGUGACUUUACUUUUGCGAGCAGCAUUGAGGAUUUUGAGACUAAAGCCGCCUCCAGUCACCUCGUAGCUUACUGGGACUCCAGUACCGGUCUUUUGUUUCUUUACUUCGAAGGCAAAAUGAAACGCCUGGACGGCGACGAUUUCUCCUGCCCGCUAAAGAAGUGUCCAAUCAUAAAAAUAACCCGCAACGACGGCGGCUACAGUCCGGCAUUCUGUUACCCUGCUGCUUACGGGCCCUACGCUAGGGAUCCGGUGCCCCCUAACGGUGAUGCCAUCGUGGAACCGGCCCCUGCAAAACUGGUUGUGACCCCCAGUCCCGGUGACGGGAUUGGAGCUGGUGCUUCGAAACCGUUCACGAUCAGAAGUAACCCAUAGACCGAGCGGACAUUUCCUGAAUCCAACCGAAAAGACAACUGAAAUGCCUUUAAUUAUCCACGCUUUCUUGACAAGGACUGUUCAAAAAGACUCCACAUUUUAAAUAAACCAUUUUUCUUACUGUUUCUCACUGUUAUAUGUGCAGAGCUAAGCACGUGCCCAUAUAUAAAUAUCGAUGUGGUAAUAUAUGAAAUAAGGAAUGGGAAACAUAGAGACGGAAAUGCGUGUCCACACAGACGUAAGGAUUUUAAACCAACUUCAAUAGUCUUUCCAAGCUGAAAAUACAGACUCCUGAUCGAAUUCGAAUUGGAUAUGUUCUAGAACCCAGUGAAUAAUCAUGAAUAUAUACAUAUAUGCACUGUAUACAGGGAGGGACGUUCAUUUUAUCAAGUGUAAAAAAGGAAUAAUAUAAUAUAAUAUAAUAUAAUAUUACAUGUAUCUGUAUUAGGUGACAUCAUACGGUAUUAUUGCAAUUUAAAUAUAAAACGGUUAAAGAAACUGUAAGGGACGUCAGAAAGAAUUGUUUGUGCAUUGGUGAUAUUAAGCAAAAUAGUUAAUUGUCGGUGGUUUACUCUUACAUAGAUCUGUAUCUACACGUGAGCCAUUUUCACACUGAGCGAUAUAUCUUAGCGAUACAUGUUCGAUACAAGUUUUGAGAGAUCUCUUCUUAAUCCCGCAUGGUCACGAUAAGUCGCGAGACUUUGGGCUGUCUCUAAUGAUCCUCGGAUGAAUUCAAACACACGGGCACACUUUAUAUAUGCAGACAUAAAGCAAAAAAGUCUACUGUUCUGUUUUUAUUCGGAUUCUUAAACUCAGUAAUUAAUGUGUCAAUGAUGCGCUUAAUAAAGACACCCCCUUGGCUAUGGAGAAAAUUGAAAUUGUUGUCAUUUUUAUCAACGCGACUAAAAGAUAAUUACAAACAGCACUGCACUCAUGGGCUGUUGAAAAAUAUUUGUUACGGAUGAUUUCUGUCAAGAAGUUAACAAAUUAAUAAUAAUAUCUUGCAUAAAUCUAAUGAAUGGUCAUCCUUAACAUUUUAGAUGACAGUUAACAUUGAACAAACGACUGCCAAUUUAAGACAAUUCCUUGCUGGUAAAAAAUUAAAAGCAUGGGCAAUUCUCUAUUCGUACUACGUAUCGAGCUCCGCGUUCUUAAGGUUGUCAUUUUUUGGCAUUUUAUAUUUGACAUAAAAGUCACCGGGUAAAACGAAUGCGUGCGUGUAUAGCCCCAUUCA